UCAGUGUAGAGUAUAUUCUGGUUCGACAACUACUACUCCGGUGUAUAUAAAUUGUUGGAAAGUUCACUGGUUUACAGGCAUUCACACCGAGAACAGCCAACUGAGCUGACUGUGCCUUAACUUUUGAGUGCAAAAACAAGUUGUUGUGUUUUGUUGUAUAUCUAGAGUUCCUCUUAGUUUUUAUAGUCUUCGCUCAUUUUAAGACAGUCAGUCAGAUAAGACAGACAUAUUUUUAGUGCAAAUUAUAUACUUUUAAUAUUUUUGUGACAAAAUAUUAUUAUUUUUGGUUGUUUCUGAUCGCGGAUAUCAUUAAAUUAUAAUAAUUUACUGGACUUUGAUUAUCACAAAUAAAAUGACACAUAAAUCAAAUCAAAAGCCGUUUGGCGGCCACAAGAAAGUGUUGAGUCAACUGCAGUCAUCAUCAACAACAACAACAACAACCACUACUGGCCACAGACCCACAUCGCCCUCCAUUGAAGCUUUGAGGUGUCGGUGCGCUAAAAGCCGACGGAUAAGCAAUAUAUUGAUAGACUGUGAGCGCCGUAACCGAAAGCGAAUGAUACUCUAUCGGGAAUACCGUCGACUUCGGGAUUGUGUGCCAACCAUUGCACACCGCAAUGUAUCCAAACUAACGAUUAUCAAUGAGGCCGUCAACUUAAUCUCACAAUUAGAGUUGGCUGUUAUUCACAAACUUCAAGCACAGGGAUCUUCACCACAAACACUGUCCAAACAUCGACAUAUGUUUCUCAAUAUGUAA